GCGGAGAGCCUUAUCUCCAAGGGAAUGGCGCAUGGAGCAGCGGCGGGAGUCCUUCCGAUGCCAUUGUGCCCUGCAGCCAAACAAAGCGCCUCUGGUCAGCUCCAUGGCCGCGCUGACCCCGUCCUCCAUCUGCGGCAGGCAUCACGCGCUGGCCGACGCCAACUAAAACGUUGGCCUUCGUUCACCACGAGAGCCUCGGCUUCGACAGUGAAGGAGUCCGUCCUCAGAGACUUCCGCCAGAGGAGAGCUCUGAAGAUCAUCUCAGGACUCCAAAACUUCGACAAAGACAAGGUGGCCUCCGUGGUUAUAGCUGCGGAGAAGGGGGGUGCUACGCAUGUUGAUAUAGCCUGUGACCAGGAAUUGGUGAAGCUUGCUUUGGGCUUGACCUCUCUUCCGAUCUGUGUCUCCUCAGUAGAUCCUCUAGCGUUUCCUCCUGCAGUGGAAGCAGGCGCCCAAAUGGUCGAAAUUGGUAAUUAUGAUUCGUUUUAUGAGAUGGGUAUUCAGUUCUCCUCUGAGCAGAUUCUAAAGCUAGCAAGGGAUGCAAGAAGAAUUCUUCCAUCUGUUACACUAUCUGUAACUGUGCCUCAUAUGCUAAAUCUCCCUGAUCAGGUGAAGCUAGCUGAGUUACUGGAACAGGAAGGUGCUGAUAUAAUUCAAACCGAAGGAGGGAAAUACUCUAGUCCAUCGAAACCUGGUGUCCUUGGUCUGAUCGAGAAGGCAACACCAACACUAGCGGCUGCAUAUUCCAUUUCUCGAGCUGUCAAAAUUCCAGUUAUGUGCUCAUCUGGAUUAAGUGCUGUUACAGCACCGAUGGCCUUAACAGCAGGAGCAGCAGGAGUGGGUGUGGGUUCAGCUGUGAACAAGCUCAAUGAUGUGGUUGCGAUGAUCGCAGAAGUCAAAAGUAUUGCUGAAUCACUAGGCCUACUCUCCAGAUGUGCAUCCGAGGAGCUGAGCUCGGCUCGGCAGUAGCGUUAUGUCAUUGAUACGCAAUAUGAACAUCAAUAGUUGCAUUCCAUAUGACCAUCUCUCGGAUCAUUAUGUAAGUUAGAAUCGACAGGUAAACAGCUCUUCCUUUUCAUCUCUGGAAAGACUCUUAGUGUUGAUGUGGGAGUUGUGUUUUAGUGAUCGACAUUGAUCUUUGUCAUAGUUUGCAACCUUUUCCUAGCAAACAAUGUAGAAGAAAAUUACUGUUCGGUGAGUACCAGGAAACACAAC